AUUUUACUGUGAUGAAAGGUUAAUGUGAGUUAGUGCUAGGUAUACUGAUUAUGAUGAUAAAGAAAGCAAUUUUUCUUAUGUCUAUUGCAUAAAAACAAUAUAAAUAUUGCUUGUUUAAUUAUUAUAUCAUAUAAAUAUUUGUAGAUAAAUUAUUUUUAAUUUAAUUAAAUUUCUUUAAUAAAAUAAUUCAAAAUGUCAACAAACAAUUCUAUGUUCGAUGAAAAUACAACAAUCUCACGAACUCCACAAAAACGCAAAGAAAUUCUAAGAAAAAUAAUAACUAAGGCUCAAUCUUUACAAGAAUCAAUUAAUGAUGAAACUAUAAAAACUCUGGAAUUAUGCAUGGAAGAAACAGACAAUAUAAAUUCCGAAACAAGUAUAGAAGAAAAGGUGCAUAAUCAAGAAGAAGUGUUAAUGGAUUCAGAAAUGAUGCACAUAUCUUCUAAUGUUUUAAAACAUUGUACAAGAUCCUUAACAAAAGUUGUAUGCUCAUAUAAUCAUGUAGAAUUUGCUAAAAAAAUAGUACAAUAUGUAAAACAACUUCCAGAUGUUGAACCAGAAACACCAGAUUGGUCACUUCUGGAAUCGCAAGUUAUAAAAUGCUUUAAAAGAACACCUCGAUAUAGUACAUUACUAGGUACUUUAACACCAUUAGAAAAAAAGGAAAUUAAUAAAAAAAAGCCUGCAAAAGUAAAAGAAACUCAAGCACAAAUUAAAAGACCAGAUAAUGUUGUAACAAUUGAAAAGGAAGAAGAAGGACCAGAAGAAACUGUAAAAAUGAAAGAGUUUAUCUCUAAAUAUUAUAAAAUUUAUCGCAAACCGCUCGAUUUUUUUAAAUUAAUUUUACAUCCUAAUGAUUUUGGAAAAACAAUUCAAAAUAUUUUACAAAUAUCUUUUCUUGUUAGAGAUGGAAAGAUAAAAAUAACUAAAGAUGCAUCUGGAAUACUAGUUGUUCAACCUUGUACUAAAGAUAUGACAGCUCAAAUGAAGACAGGAAAUAUCGAAAAUAUUCAAAAUGUAAUGUAUUUAAACAUGGAACAAUGGAAGAUCCUGAAAAAUAUUUAUCGAUUGGAAAAUCCAUUAAUUGAAUCUGAAAUAAAAUAAUUUUCUUUAAUUUCUAUUUUCUUUUUAUCUUAAACGAAAAAUUUUCGUAAAAACAAAAAUAUUUGGUCUUUUUCUCUAUUUUUGUAAAAUUUUUAUUAAUUUCUAACAUAUACUAUAAUAUUAAAGUAUAUGUUAUAAAUAAUAACAAUAUCAAAUUAAUAUGAAAACAUCUGAAACAAAAUUACACAAUUUAUAUAAAAUUUAUGGUUAAUUAUGUUCAUGAUGUUUUCGAAAAAUUCAUAUACUUUUUGUGAAAUUUCGAACGGAAAACAAUCUUCUAAUCCACGUAUAUUGUUGUUUAAAAAUCCCUAUACUUUUGGAUAAAAACUAAUAUUUAUAGAAAAAAAGAAACAGGC